CAGAGUACACCUAGAGAGGUGUGUGUAAUUGGUCCAAGUUCCAAGGCGAUACUUCACACUAGCCGAGACGCUAACAUGGAGAGGCUGUACGUAGUCCUCGCGGUACUGUCCGUCGGUUUGGCCCUCUGUACCUCGGUCGACCUGCCACAAGACGACGACGCUCCUGGCUUCCACGAAUGGUUCCUGUCCAACAACCAAUCAUACGAAAAUCACCCGAUUCAUUUCGAGAACCCUCUACCGAAAUGGCUUCGAGGAACACUGAUCAGAAAUGGAGCGGGCCAGGUAGAAAUGGGUAACAGGCAAUUCGUUAACUUCUUUGACGGAUAUGCAAAACUUAAUAGCUGGAAGUUUCCGGGCAACGGAUCUGCAUUCUUUUCCACAAAAUUUAUCCAAUCUAAGGUUUAUACCGAGUCCCUUGCUAAGAAUGACAUAGCACCCUUCCUCACUUUUGAAGGCGUCUCUCCACCGUUCGGGGAUGUUGAGCGAUAUGAGUCGUUCUUACUCAACAUGGAUAACACUGUCGUGAACGUAUUCAAUUACUCCAACAAAAUCGUAGCCAUGAAUGACAUCUGGAAGGUGUAUGAAAUUAACCCACAUACACUGGACACCAUAGGCGUUGUAAAUCCACCAACACCACCGUCCAAGUUCUCUAACUUGGCCCGACUGAAUGUGAUGUCCACUGCUCAUCCUGUGGCAGAGCAUGGCACGGGUGCCAAUUUUGACAUCCUGAAUACCUUCAGUCUGAUACCCGGUACAAAGGAAAGGUUGUCAGUUGUUCGAGUCACUUCUCUCGAAGGACGCGAGCUCGUCGCCGAAUGGGAAAUUGACCAAACAUCGUACAUGCACUCGUUUUCUGUCACGCCGAAUUACGUCAUUCUGCUCGCUGCUCCGUAUUACAUAAACAUGAACGACAUGCUGAAGUACGCUUCCGUUGUUGGAGGGAUGCAGUGGAACGGUCAGGACAACGCUACCUUCUACGUUGUGGAAAUCAAAACUGGAAAGAUACACACCCUCGUAACCGGAAAUGUCUUUGUAAUUCACCACAUUAAUGCAUUUGAACUUCCCGACGGCAAAAUCGCUUUAGAUGUCCCCGCACAACCAAACCCAUACGGCUUUUCCAUGUAUGACUUGAGCUAUAUACAUAACAAAACCGCUAGAGUCCACUUGCCUGCCAAACCUGUUCUAACGCGUUUCACUUUAGAUUUGCAAACCCAAAGUGUCCAGCGAGUGUCUUUUGAAGAUGGACCAAAGGCUCCCUGUGUUGGUGCUCUGGAAAUGCCGGUAUUCAACGAGAACUACCGCCAUAUGAACUACUGCUAUAUAUAUGGCCAGGUGAUCAACUAUAACGGGAAGGGUUUCAGUCACAUCGCGCUGGUCAAAAAAGAUGUGUGCGACAACGCCGGGGACCUGAUGUAUACCGCGCCCCAUCAGUACCUUACAGAGCCCUGGUUCGUCCCUAACCCUGACGGCAAGGCGGAGGACGACGGCGUGUUGAUGGCGUCUGCAUUUGACGGGGACAAGAAGGAGAGUUAUCUGUUGAUGCUUGACCCUAAAACAAUGACAGUCAUCAACCGAUCCUACAUGCCUACACGGGUACCCUUCAACUUUCACGGCAGGUUCUUUGAUAUCGUGUGAUGACCGAGAAGCCGGGAGGGGUGUGUUUAAAACAGUAAAGAUAUAUCUUUUUAUUAGUGACACCUUUAUGAUAAUCGUAUUGAUGGGAGCUGGGCAUGUGAUUAAAAUUAACAGAACGAU